UAGGUAUUCCCAGAGACUGAGGUCAGGGACAUCAUUGGAAGCCUUGGGUCAUAAAGGUAUGGAUUCAAGAGAUAGAAUGUCCUUUGUGAGACACAGUCCUGAAAGUAGGAGGGGGAGCUAUGUAUAACCAUUCUAAAUAGAUUGGAGUCAGUUUGUAAAAGGCUUUAAAUGCCAAACAGAGGAAUUUGUAUUUUACCCCAGAGACAACAGGAAGCUUCCUAGGCUUUUUGAGCAAGGAAAUGAUUUGGUCAGGCCUGUACUGAUGUAUAAGUUAACCUUGAUAGUUUACCCAUCAAUGUUGAAUCUUGAAUUUUUCUUGUGUUAUCUUUCUUGUGCAGCUGUUCUGUUGCAUGUAAUGGGAGAUGCACUGGGAUCUGUGAUUGUAGUAAUUACUGCUAUCAUAUCCUAUAUGGUUCCUCUGGAGGGAGAUAAACCAUGUAACUGGCAGUGCUACAUUGAUCCAAGCCUUACUAUUAUCAUGGUCAUCAUCAUUUUGUCAUCUGCUUUUCCACUCAUCAAGGAGACAGUAUCCAUCUUACUACAAAUGGUUCCUAAAGGUAUCAAUUUGGAAGAACUGGUGGGCAAGCUGUCCAAUGUACCUGGUGUUAGCAGCAUACAUGAAAUGCACAUCUGGGAACUUGGAAGUAGGAAGAACAUUGCCACUCUCCACAUCAAGUGCCAAAGCAGCAAAGAUUACCAAGAUGCCAAUUUGAAAAUGCGAGAAAUUUUCCACAGUGCAGGGAUCCAUAAUGUAACCAUCCAGCCAGAAUAUGUGGACCAGGAGGAAUCCUUGGAUCAGGACUUGAUGCUCCUCUGUAACUCACCGUGCAUCUCCAAAGCAUGUGUGAAUCAUCUCUGUUGCCCUCCAGAGAUGCAAUCCCUUACUCACAUCAAUGUUUGUGCAGAGCCCAAUGGUUGUCCUCCAACUGCAACAUAUAGGAGUGAUGGCUUAAGUCGAAAUGACACAGCUGCAAUUAUCAUCCAAGCAGAAUGUCAUGGUGAUAGUGGGCCAGCCGCUAAAGAGAAACAAGGAGAUCUGAUCUUUGUCAAUAGCACCCAUUUUUAAUUUGGUCUCAGCUUUGAAAGUCAACUGAUUGAGAAAAGCAGCUUAACCACCAGUCACCUCAUGCUAAUUCUUGUGGGACAGAUUUCCUGAAUGAUGACCAAUAACCAAAAUUAGUAAUGUAAUAAUGUGUUAAAAUAAGGGAUGAAGUCCUUUUUAAAAAUUUGGGCAAUUUUAAGAUUCACAAGCUCUUCCUACCCCACCCUACCUAAACUAUGCAGGUGAAUAUUGUUACCCUGUUGACCUAUUAACCUGUAAACCUAUGUGUUUAUCUGAGCAUCUUCCCUUUAGUCAAGAACAUUAGUUUGAACAUUUAUUUCCUGAAGUAAAUUAAAAAAGUGUAGAGACAAUGUGAACUAGAGACUAAUUCAAUAUUUUUGGAGGACUGGGAUUUGAAUAUUCUCUCCUCCUUACCCUGACCCUUUUUUGGGAAUCAUUUUUGACUGAGUUAUUUUAGUCUACUGAGGUGAACUCUGGAUAAUAUAAGCUUUUCUGUUGUGCUUUUCUGAAUCAUCAAUAAUGAAUUUCACAGUAGUGUUCUAUUCUGUCCUUCCAUCUCUCUUACAUCUUCUCUUUGAUAGAGAAUAAAAUGGGGUCUUAAUAAGCUCGAAAAGACUGGAACAGUAGAAGAGAUCAUUGAGUUCAAUAAAAGAAAUUUUUUUUUCUUCAUAAUAUAUUUGCUUCAGAGGUGGAGAAACAAAAGUGAUUGUCUUUCUUUCUUUCUUUUUUUUUAAUGAAGACAACCACAGCUAUAGGUUCAAGAAAUAUUGAGUAAAGUUUUUUCACUUAACAUUGCAGGAAAAUAAAGUCAUAUUUGAGGCAGCAUGCAUUUCUUGUUUUCAACAGUCAAUCCAUUUGGAGCUGCUCUCAUUUAUUUCUUUGGCCAAGUCCUACUUGUUCAUCUGAAGUGAUUCCAUAGUGCAGGGAUCCACGCAUAUGGGUCACGUUACAUAUGUCUUGACUAGGAGAAGAUGGAUAUUAUCCAGAUUUAAAAUAUAAAACAUUUUAGUUUUCAUUCCUACUGAAUAAAUAAGCUACUUUGUAGUUUCAUGCUCUGUUCAGAUGAUUGUUUUUCCUAUAAUUACACAUUUUCACAUAUUUAUUUUAACUUCCUAUUUUGGCAAUUUGAUAGAAACUUAUGUUAGAAGGGAAAAUUCAGAUAUAUUAAUUUCAAUUUUGAAUAUAUUCUGAGGGGUUUGAAAUUUUCUUUUGUUUCUGAACCUCCAAUCCAAUUGAAAUAGACACAAUUAAAGUAGGAUUCCAAUUUUAUUAUUGUUGAAGGCCACUCCAAUGUGUUAAUUAUUAUUCAAAUAUCAGUAUUUUUAUGGGGUAUAAAGAUAAGGACAGUGUCUCACUAAAAUUUUAGGAAUUAGAUAAACUUCCAGCUUCCCAGGACAGAUGACAGGCUAGAUGAAAGAUAAAACGUCUUUAGGGAAUUUAAAUGAGUUCUCUUACUAUGCACAAAAAGACUCCUGUAAUGCAAAGUUGGUAAAGGUAAUAGCUUUUCCAAUUUAAUAUAGCAUAUUUCCUAUUCUCUUAGUGAGUUUUAGAGGCAGGAACAAUUACACUAGUGCAGAUAAAAUAAUGGAAUUGCCCACUUGUUACUUCUUGAAAAAUAUAUCUUAUUUUCUCACGUCUUCUGUCAUGAGAGAGAUAAAUUGAAAACUGUCUGCAUGGGUUUUUAUCCUCCAAAGAGUAUUUCUACCCUUUUGGUAGAGAUUGCAAUAUGCACUUUAUAGCUUUCAAAAAGUUUCUUUAGCACAAUUGAACUUUUAAAAAAAUGUAAGGGCAUGAUAGAAAUGGAUACAAACUAGGGAAACCAUAUGAAGUUAAUAGUGCGAAUAUUUUGGACACAUUCUACUACUUUAAAUAUUAUUCACAAGAGUGGCAAGCCUGCAACCAAAGAAACAACUGGGCUUUUCUUACUAAUUUCAAUAAGAAUUUAACAUUUCCAACAUUCUGUCAACACUGAUGUGGCAUAGUUUUAUGUGAAAACUGUAUUAAUAUAUUGUAUUUUGGCUUGCAUCCAAAUAGUUUUUAAAAUUAUAUGUGUGUAUAUACAUA